UCCAAGGGCCAGAACUUUCCCUGGGGACAGCGGGCACUCGGGGCCAGCCUUGCCUGGCCAUCACUUGCCUUUCAGCGUCAGGUCUCAGGCCACUCUCUUGGAGGCCACCCGUGCCACCCACUGCAGCAGAGAAGAACAAACUUUCUCAAGGAAGCCACCUCUGUGCCUGCUGGCUUGAUAGGAAGGAACAAACUGCUGGUCAGACACAUGGACAGAAGGACAGGUCAUCUUGGCUUGUCCUCCAAGACACGCCUCUGAAAGACAGCAGCAGAGAGUGCAGCAGAGGGGCUGAAGGCUCCACCUGGGACAGAGAGAGGACCUCUGUCCAUCUGCCAGCCAUAGUGGCUAGAAGCCCCUGGAAGACAGAGCCACAGGCUCUUCCACCCACCGAGAAGACGGGCAACCUGAGGGAGAAGGCACAGGUGGCAGGUGGGCAGGCGCAGGGCACUGAGGCUGACAGACUACUGACCCUGGCAUACACUGGCUCAGGGACCCCUACACUGGCCAGGGACGAUGCUGCUGAGGUCAUCCCGAGCCACCCCUGCUCUGUCCUGGAGCUGCCUCCGGCCUGGCCCCUGGGCUGUGGAACCCACACUGUGCCAGCCUUCUGCUUGGUCUGCUUCCACAGGGAGGAGGAGGAGGAGGAGCCGCUGGAGGAAGUACCACUUCGGAGGGAGAAGAUGAGCGUGGGAUGCCCAGAGCCUGAGCAGCCCCACUCCCUGCCCUGCUGUGGGCCGGGGACCGUCCCUGGGCCUGGGGCAGGUGUGCCCCUCCUCACGGAAGACAUGCAGGCAUUGACACUCCGCACACUGGCUGCCAGCGACGUCACCAAGCACUAUGAACUUGUCAGGGAACUAGGCAAAGGCACCUACGGGAAAGUCGACCUGGUGUCCUACAAGGGCACAGGCACAAAAAUGGCACUCAAGUUUGUAAACAAGAGCAAAACAAAGCUGAAGAACUUUCUGCGAGAAGUAAGCAUCACCAACAGCCUCUCGUCCAGCCCCUUUAUCAUCAAGAUCUUCGAUGUGGUCUUCGAGACAGAGGACUGCUACGUCUUUGCCCAGGAGUAUGCACCCGCUGGGGACCUGUUUGACAUCAUCCCUCCCCAGGUGGGGCUCCCCGAGGACACCGUGAAGCGCUGUGUGCAGCAGCUGGGCCUGGCACUGGACUUCAUGCACGGGCGGCAGCUGGUACACCGCGACAUCAAGCCGGAGAAUGUGCUGCUCUUUGACCGCGAGUGCCGCCGCGUGAAGCUGGCCGACUUCGGCAUGACGCGCCGUGUGGGCUGCCGCGUGAAGCGCGUGAGCGGCACCAUCCCCUACACUGCCCCUGAGGUGUGCCAGGCGGGCCGCGCCGACGGCUUCGCGGUGGACACAGGCGUGGACGUGUGGGCCUUUGGUGUGCUCAUUUUCUGCGUGCUCACGGGCAAUUUUCCGUGGGAGGCGGCGUCGGGUGCUGACGCGUUCUUCGAGGAGUUCGUGCGCUGGCAGCGUGGUCGCCUGCCCGGGCUGCCCUCGCAGUGGCGCCGCUUCACUGAGCCCGCGCUGCGCAUGUUCCAGCGCCUUCUGGCGCUGGAGCCCGAGCGCCGCGGCCCGGCCAAGGAGGUCUUCCGCUUCCUGAAACACGAGCUCACGUCCGAGCUGCGGCGCCGGCCCUCGCACCGCGCUCGCAAGCCGCCCGGGGAUCGCCUGCCCGCCGCGGGGCCGCUGCGCCUCGAAGCACCAGCGCCGCUGAAGCGCACGGUGCUCACCGAGAGCAGCGGGGGCCCACGGCCCGCGCCCCCUGCUGUCGGGCCGGUGCCGGUGCCUGUGCCCGUGCCCGUGCCCGUGCCCGUGCCGGUGCCAGUGCCCGAGGCCGGCCUGGCACCCCCCGGUCCCCCUGGCAGGACCGACGGCCGCCCGGACAAGAGCAAAGGGCAGGUGGUGCUGGCCACGGCCAUUGAGAUCUGCGUCUGAGUCGCCUCCGCCACCUUCGGGCCGGGGCGCUGAGCGUGCAGCCCGGCGGUGCGCGGGAAGCAGCACGGCCCGCGCCAAGCAGAUCUGUUCGGCCCAGGAGCUCGAGCAGCCGCUGCGCAGCGGGAGACAGUAGUGUAGACUAGGAGGCCGCGUGGCCCAGGUACCGGGUCGGUGGCCCCCUGGAGGGGACAGCCACCAGAGGGCCUCAGCGGCUGGCAGGGCAGGUGGCGGCACAGAAGAGCCCAGCCCCGCAAACCCGAGGAUUCAGAGGCGCCCCUGAAAACACACCGGCAGCCAGGGAGCUUGCAGGCCAGACUCCCCUACACCCUCUUCCUGCCUGGGAACCUCACUAGCCACUCCUGGCUUUUUCCACCACCCCCACCCCCACCCCCCGGCAGAUGGUCCCACAGUCCGUGCCCUUCCACCUGCCCUACUCUGUCCCCACCACACUCUGGGCACAGAAGUGGCUCAAGGCCCCUGGACACUGCCUGGGAGAAAGGCAGCCAUGUUCCUUCCAUCAGAUGCUGAAGGUCAAGCCCCUGGAAAAUAAUAGCAGAAGUCUAGAUGUUGUGUAAAAGUGUGUGUGCGUGCAGGCACCGGCUAUAAGAAUCUAGUGUGCCCCACACCCCCAUUCAGCUGGCGAGGACUAGCCCAGGGGGAAGGCGGCUAGCCUUGGGCAUACAGUCACUGAGCCACCUCCCAGACCUCCAUCCCCCCCCCCCCCCCCCGGUCCUCCACAAGGACUCUGGGACAGAAGGGCUCCAGGGCAGGGGUCUCAGCUGCCCCUGCAUCUCUAGGACAGGGGACCUGUUCAAGGUGGGCAGUGGCCCCUUCCCAAGACCCUCUCCUAGUCUUUGCUGCCCCAACCCAGGUACAGGGUCUGAAUUUUCCACAGACAGUGAGGUGACUGUGCCAGUAAUUUCUCCUGGGUUUCUUCUGAGGUCAGCGUGUCAACCUCCAGGAGUAGGGUUGACUCACUCCAUCCCCACUUAUCUCCAGUUUCUGGUCCUGGAGGAUUCAGGAGCAGGAGGUAUCUAGGGAUAGGGAGGGGGGCUGACAUUGUGAGUGGGAACCACUCGAGGCAGAGGACAGACAUGUGGGUGCAGCCUUGUGCAAUCUGGUGACUGCACGUACAGACACCUCCCAGCCUCACCAAGGUCCCCCACCAGGCAGCUGUCACCACAUCCCUCAGGGAACCCACGAAGCGGCACCUGCAGGUAAAUUCAGACCCCCAGGCAGCAAAGCUGACUUAGAGGAAGCAGGCUUGUGACUCCUGCCCUUUCUGCGGAGGCCUGGGACCUGGCAAUAACCUCAAUGUGGGUGAGGCCUCAGCCUCUGCCUGGCAAUGCCCCACCUACUGGCCUGGGCUGCCUCUCUCGGGGUCCUUCCUGAGGCUCUGGGACAUUCAAGGGAGCUCCUGAUGGGCCAGGCUGCCCACAGGGGGUAUAGACCAUCCUCCAGCCUAGAGUUCCAACCCCCUUCAUUCUCACCGAAAAAGGGCUAUAGGUUCCCCUGCCCUGUCUGGGUCCAGUUUACAAACAGCGUAAUGGUUGCCCUGGGGCCUGGCCCUGCGCUCCUUGGUGUGCCCUCCUCUCAAGACCCCACCUCCCCAGUGGGCACAGGGCCCACAUGCCAGGUAAGUAGCAAACCCCUCCUGCCAAGAGUGGACUCUCAGAAAGGCCCUGUCACUGCCCCGCCCCCUGGGGCCUUCUGGCCUCUCCCAGCCGUGACUUCUCCUUUUUGCCUUAGGCCUCUCGACAUCCUGAUCUCUUGCAAUAACAAGGAAGCGAGACUCCACAGUCCCCACAGUAGACAUCCCUCUCCAUGUGCCCUCUCUCCUUCUCUGUUGAGAUCUUGUUAGGGAGUUGUCUCCCUUAUCGUCAUAGUGUAGGGUGUUAAGCUGGGAAGGGCAGUAGGGAUGUAGCCCGGCCCCCUCUCCAGAGUUGGAGACCAGCCUGACCCCCUGCAGGACUGGACUGGGUCAGGGCUCUGCUCCUGCUCUGCCCUGCUGCUGCCACUUUCUGUUGGGUGGGGUUGGGAUCCUUUAGCCCUUAGGAGAGGUGUCGGUCACGAUGUUUACCUCAAUUUAUGUCACUGUCACAGAAACAAACAAAAAAGCAAAAAACACCGUAGAUGUGAUUUGGAGACAAAAGGAAAAAACAAAAAAAAAAAUCCUUCCCUUUGCAACUCCUCUGUGAAGGUACAGUGUGUGCACACACAUGUAUGUGUGUCUGUCCCACCUGGGGCAGGCUAAGUCAUCCCUGACCUCUGUCCCUGCCCCAAGGUCCCCUACACUGUCCUGUGUCCUUCGGUGCUUCCCAGAGGCCCCACUGAGCUGGCCUGUGGGGUGUGGGGAGCCCCCUGGAUGGGAGUGGGGCCACAGGUCAGUCAAAGGGUUUCCCAUGAGGCCCACUUAGCGGAGCCAAGCUGCCUGAUGCUUCCUGAGCCCAGGACAGUCCUGGUAGCUGGCAUCAGUGGUCACACCUGGCUCAGGGUCCUGGGUACAGCCCCCGAUCCCAGACUUUCAUGUCUUGCCCCCCCCACACCCCAUGUGUUUGUAAAUACUCUGGCAUCCUUUGGCCCUACGAAGGUUUUUAAAUGUGUUAUUUACUUCUCUAAUCAUGACAAUUGCUAUAAAAUAAAAGUUUAGAAAAAUUA